GUUUCAACAACCGGGGGGAUUUUCUCCUUUUGUCCCUGGGUUGUACCCACAAUCCCUGCCCCAAACUAAUAUCAUCCGCCCGGUCGUUCCAACAAAUUUGAUCGGAGAGAUGGACAAAGCUGGUCCAUCCCGGUCCAGAAGAAGUCGGUCACGGAGGUCACGCACACAGAUCACGCCUGAUGGCGAUGUGCGCUCAGUCCAUAGAAAGGAUGAGGAUUGGGAUGUACCCCAGGCACAAAAGAAGCUGAAGGGAAAAGCGAUUCAACCUGAAGGGUCCAGGAGGUCAGCGUUUCAAAGGCUUGGCCAUGAGGGCCGAAAUCAAAACCGGCCUGCCAAAGAACGACUAGGAGUGGAAACAACCCCGUUGAGUGCUUUUGAUCGCCUGGGUAGAGGGGCCGAGCGACCUGGUCGGACCAGGCGCACGGAACCUCCCCAUCGUGAAGAGCCCCAACAUAGUCGGGCUCCCCAUGGAGAAGAAGAAGCGGAGAGCCAUCCUAGGCACACGAUCCGCUCCCAUGUUGAACAACCCCGGGAUCGUGUGGGCCGGGUCGAAGCAUGUUUGGAGAAGCUACAGCGCUGGGUGGACCAGGACGAAAAGAAGAAAAUCCUGCUAAACGAAUCUCCGUUCACAGACCGGGUUCACGAGACCCCAUUUUCGAAGAAAGCAAAGUUGGAGGUCCCAAAGUUUACUGGGAAGGAGGACCCGGAAAUACAUGUCAAAACCCUUCAUCAGAGUGGAAGGAUGAUGGGCCUUUCCGGGGACGAAAAAUGUUUACUUUUCUUUCAAACCCUCCGUGGUCAGGCCGCUGAGUGGUUUCACAACCUCCCGGCCGGGGAGAUCGAUUCAUUCGAUGAACUGGCCGAAGUAUUCCAAGAUAAGUUUAAGGAAAACUGUACCAAGAGGAAGAAAUUCACCUACUUGAGUACGGCCGGGCAGAGGGAGCAUGAGGACCUAACCAAGUUCCUCAACCGGUGGAUGGAUGAAGUGGAUAAGGUGGAGGAAAUGGAUGACAAAACCGCCAUGUCCCUCCUAGUGUCCGGGCUCCGGUCAGGAGAACUAUAUAAAGAGUUCUGCAGGAGGCCUCCCCAAUCCUACCAAGAGGCCUUCAACACGGCCUGGGAUUAUGCUGACGCUGAAGCACAGGUGUCAUCCAAGAGGGAGGCCGAGCAGGGCCAUUCCAAAGGAAGGAUUUCCUUAAAAAAGGAAACUGAACUGCCCGGCAUGGUGAAAACAGAAGUCAUGGAGGUAAAACCGGUCAAAUCAGAAAAGAAACCGGCCGGUGAGAAGCAAUGUACUGAGAAGUAUUGCUCCUUCCACAAAACUGACUCCCAUAACACUGUAGAGUGUAACAGUGUGAAGGGAGUAAUUAAGCAGAUGAUUGAGGCUGGGGAGAUUGAUCCAGAGUAUCUAGCUCAGGCCAAGCAAAAGAAAAACCAAUGGAUCAGGCCUGAAGGACAGCCGGUCGAGCAGAAUAAAAAGAAGAAAGCAGCCGGUAAGGAGAACUUGCAGGUCAUCUACGGCGGACCAGAAGGGGGAGAUUCUGCUUCCCAAAGGAAGAAAUGGGGCAGUGUCAACGUUUUGUACUUGGAUGCAUUUGAGAAGCUCAAGUUGUGUCGGACACGGCUUGAGCCCUUAAAGACUCCCCUGUCCAGGUUUACUGGGGAUUCGGUGGAAGCGGAGGGAUCGAUCCUUCUAACUUGUGAGUUGGGCACGGGGGACGAGGUCGUCCAAAAACAGAUGAGGUUUGUGGUAGUGAACAUCAAAUGUGUUCACAAUGCCAUUUUGGGCCGGCCUGGAAUAAACAAAGUCCGUGGGGUCAUCUCCAUGGCCCAUCUCUGUAUGAAGUUCUAUACCCCGGGUGGUAUAGGGCAAGUCAGGGGAGAUCAGAAGAAGGCUCGGUCUUGUUACUUGGAGGCCGUGAAGAAAAUGACCAAGGCAUUUGAGAGGGUUUCCUUGGUUUCCCAAGAAGAAGAGCGGUCAAAACUGGAGCCGGGUGAUGAGACCGAGCAGAUUGUUCUCCGGGAGACUUUCCUGGAAAGAAUGGGUCACGCUCUGGCCGACUUCCUUGUUGAACUGACCAAUCUGGAGCCUGAAUCCGGACCUUACCAUACGGUCGAACCGUGGUGGGAUAUGGCCGUUGAUGGGGCCUCCGGACCGAAGGGGUGUGGGGCCGGCAUAGUCUUUACUACUCCAGAAGGGUUCAAAAUCUACCAUGCUCUGGUUUUCAACUUUAAACUUACGAACAAUGAGGCGGAGUAUGAGGCACUAGCCGGUGGACUCAGAUUAGCCCGGGCACUUGGGAUAAAGAGAAUGAGGAUCCGAUGUGAUUCAAGUCUUGUCGUUGGACAGGUCAAUGGUGAGAUGGAAGUCAAGGAAGAGCGUCUGGCCCGAUAUAGUGACCUGAUCCGAGCACUUCUAAGGGGGUUAGAAGAGUUUCGUCUGACCAGGAUACCCCGGUCAGAAAACACUGAUGCUGAUAUACUUUCAAAAUUUAUGCAAGCCUGCCCGGAGCAUGUGUCGAAGUUGGCAAAGAUUGAGAUACUAGACGUACCAAGUGCUGACCGGUUUGAAGUCGCAGCUAUUCAACCAGGCCAGAGUUCAGCGACCGGGAUAAUUGGAGCGGAUGAUGACUGGAGGUACGAUCUCAUGGAGUAUUUGGAGACCGGUCAGAAACGAGAUGACGAAGAACGGGCCAGGAAAGUAGUCCUACGGGCUCCUCGGUUUCAGGUACUAGACGGUCACCUAUACAAACGUGCUAUUGGCGGGCCUCUCUUACGUUGUCUUACCAACCCGGAAGCUGAGCGGGUAAUAGCUGAGGUACAUGAGGGAGUUUGUGCAGCCCAUCAAAUGUCCCGUACAUUGGCUCAACGGAUAAUAUUGCUCGGCUACUACUGGCCGACCAUUAUUGGGGAUUGUGAGCGGUAUGUUCAAAAAUGUAGGACAUGCCAAGUUUUUUACAAACAUCCCGGCAGACCGGCCACAUACUACCAACCAACAUCCAAUGUCAUACCAUUUGCCCGAUUUGGGAUUGACAUUAUUGGAGCUUUCCCGGUUGCCCAAGGUGGGAAGAAGUUCGUGAUGGUAGCUAUUGAUUACUUCACCAAAUGGAUUGAGGCUGAGGCGAUGGCUACCAUUACCGUACGACAAUGUGAAAAAUUCGUUUGGAAGAACAUUAUUACCCGGUUCGGAGCCCCAAAGGUGAUUGUCACCGACAACGGCCCACAGUUUCGCAACCCCCGGUUCACCGCGUACUUAGCUAAUUUUGGAAUCAAGCAUAGCAAGGCGUCAGUAGCAUAUCCACAAGGAAAUGGCCAAGUUGAAAAUGCUAACCGGACAAUAGUGGACGGGCUAAAAAAGAGAUUGGGUGAAGAAGGACACAAGUGGUUGGAAGCCUUGCCUCAUACGGUCUGGGCGCAUAAAGUGACUUCAAGGAGGGCAACUGGAGAGACUCCUUUUGUGCUCACUUACGGAUGUGAAGCCCGACUGCCAGUUAAGGCGGAAAUUCCAACAUUUAGAGAGACCGUGUACCAGCCCGGUCAGAACGAGGUCGACCACCUAGCUGAAUUGAAUCUGGUGGAAGAACGAAGGACCAUAGCAGCUGUCAAGAUGGCCAGUUACCAACAGUUAGUAAAGAGAUAUCAUGACAACCGGGUGGGCCCACGGUACUUCCAAGUGCAUGAUGAGGUCUUACGCAGACGGGAUGCCAGUAAACCUAAUGAGAGAGGCAAGUUGGUGCGAAACUGGGAAGGACCCAAUCGCAUAAAGGCGAUCAUCAGGCCGGGCACUUACCAGCUUGAAACCUUGGAAGGUGGCCGAGUAGACCGACAUUGGAACUCUCAUCACUUGCGUAAAUUUUUCAAAUAAAAAGUGUAAUGAGUCCCCGGUUAUCAAUAAAACUUUGUUUUUUUC